AUGUUAGGAGAUAAGCCAACACUACCAAAUUCACGAUUUAAACUCUUAAUCCAACCGUCAUUUCUACCACCAACACAGUCACCACAACAACAAAAUCAUCAACCAACACUGUCGAUUGAACCACUUCUAUCACAAAUUCGCGAAACUCAACCACCAAUAUCAUCACCAAUACUGACACUCCCACUACAAACAACAAUACAAACACCACAAACAAUCACUCCAAUAUCACUGCUUCUCCCACCACUAACAACACCAUCAUCAACAUCAUCAAUGCAACUACUACUACUCUUUCAACAAUAA